AUGAAUACAAGUGGGACAGUCAUGUUCGAGCAGAAUGAAAAGAAAAAGAGGAAGCUCUUUGAGGAUGCGCCCAACUACGACGCCAACUUCUUCUCCAACUAUGUGAACGACCUCAGUAUAAACAACGUUGGCUUCCCUGGGGUGGGCGGCAAUGAAAUUAGGAGUAACGAUAUAUGCCCUGGUCCCGUGGGCGUGAAUGAUCAGUGUGGGAGCGCGAUAAGUUUAAAGCAUCAGGGGGCGGCCCACCUGGGUGUAAACCAAAACAUAUUUGGCGCACAGGCGGAAUGUACGAAGGAUCACCCCUGCCUCAGCGUGCCUACCAACUGCAACGGUGUCCACUUCAACAAAAACGUGCUAAUCAGUAGCAUCGAUGUGCUUCUAAAUUUUAUAAAUUACAGUUGUCUCAAUGAAAGCAUAAAGCAUGAAGUCCUCUACGACAAUUUGUUGAAUUUGCGUUUUCAUAUCCUUAGCUUAAAUGACGAAAAAUUCAAUCAGAAAAAAAUAACUGAAUAUUUUCUUAAAAUGUAG